CAGUCCAGAAGUGUUUUGGCGGUUGUGUUGGCGUUGUUUAUUACGAAAAAGAAUUACGUUGUAGGCGCAUGUCUUCUAAGUUAGCAGAUUGCGCGGAUACUUCUAGACAAGACAAGUUGACAUCAUUGCCUGAGACCGUCUAUCAAGGUGUUCAUGGAGUAAUCUUGAUGUAUGAUAUUACAAGGGAAGAGACUUUUAACAACCUUGAAGAAUACUAGAUUGACCAAGUUAUAAGAUAUACAGAAGGAACUAACAUCGUCAGGAUGGUCAUUGGCAAUAAAAUUGACAAAGCAUUCUACAUGCAAUUUUCUUUCUUUAUCCUCUUUUACCUGCAGGUGUCAAGGUAAACAUUCGUUCAUUUAAUGUUAUUAGACAUUUGGUAGGACUCCUUGGACAGGUGAUCAGCCCGUCGCAAGGCCUCUACCUACACAGGACAGCACAACAUGGAAAGAUGUGGACAAACAUCCAUGCCUUGAGUGGGAUAUGAACCCAUGGUCCCAGUGCCCAAGUGCAUGAGGUCUAUGGCUCAGACUGGGUGGCCACUGCGACCGGCUAUAUGCAAUAAUACUACAUGUAUUUUGUCAAGUAAUUGAAGUGGGAGGUGGUGUGUAUGUCAGGAAUGCAGAACAAAGUAUGGAAUGGGAUUGAGUUAAGGGGAGAGAAACUCAAAAUUGUGGAGAGCUUCAAAUACUUUGGAAGUGUAAUCAAGAAAGAAGAUCGCAAUAGGAUGGAGCUAGUAAGGAGGGGGCAGCAGGGAGAGAAUUUCUACAGAGCUGUGAGAGAUUUGCUGUGGCAAUGGAAAGUCCCAGUGAGGUGCAAGAGAUUGCUGUAUUAGGUGUACCUUGUACCAAUUGUUACAUAUGCAGCAGAAACUUGGACAUUGGGAAGGAAGGAGAUACAGAAAGUAGAUGCAGUAAGUGUGAAAUUUUUGAGGUGUGCAUUGGGUAUGACAAGGAGGGAUAGAGUACAGAAUGAGGAAGUUAGGAAACGAAUGGAUGUGAGGGGUCUGGUAGAGAGAGUAGAAGAAUCAAGAAUGAAGUGGUAUGGACACGUGAAGAGAAUGGGAGAAGGGCGGCCAGCACGACAAAUGUUGGACAUGAGAGUGACUGGCACAAGACCAAGGGGAAGACCAUAAGUAAGGUGGGAGAAGCAGAUAUAACGAGGAGUGAUAGAGAGAGGUGCCAAGUGGCAGUUGGUGGAAGAAGAGGAGCGGUUGAGGGACAGGAAUAGAUGGAGGGGCUUUACAAAGCGGACCCGGGCCCAGGCUGGAAACAGCAAUGGAUGAUGGUGGAGAAUCUGGAAGUGAGCAGAGAUGAUGGUAUGGAGUUUGCAAGAGAUUAUCGAGCACUCUUUAUGGAAUCCAGUGUCAACUCAAACCAUGGUGUCCAAUGUGCCUUUGAAGAAUUGGUGCGGAAGGUUCAGAGAUCCCAGCUUCUAGGCACGAUCUUGAACAGCAGUGCAGAUACAUCGGCAUGAAGUGCCUCCACUCAUAUCUAAUGGAUGACAUUUAGCAUUGGCAGCCCUACACACACAAACAAAUAAACAGAAAAUAUUGGUCUACAUUACGCUAUACUGUAAACCCAUGAUUAUGCACUCACGUCGCACGAGAGCAAGGACAGCUUCAAAAUUCUACAGGUUACACAUUGUAACAUUCUGGAAGGGCCAGCAUCUCACAUAGCUAUUUAAUUGUGAAUGCCAGUUGUGAUGCGCCUUGCUCACCAAUCAGUAUCACACGACAAACUCUGCUUUAUGUUAUGGGUGUAUAGGCGCAUCAGCUACUUUGGAUAUUAGCACUCUCUGAUGUUAGUAUUCUGGAAAAAUCAUGAAAUGUUAUACUCAAUGUAACUGCUUCAAUUUCCAUGUGUUGCAAACUGUUCCUUUUAGGUUUGGAAUUUUGUGGUUCUGCAGCUGCUAAUAUCAUUGGGAGUCUUUAAAAAUGGUUUUGCCCUCAGGCUUGUUAAAAACUAAGCUCCUACUUUAAACCAUUUCCCUCAGUUCAUAAGAAGAAUAGGUCUUGUAGUAUUGUAUCCAUGAGUAUGUCUUUUUUUAAUGGUUAUUGAAAUGAUUGACUAAUUUUCAUAAAAUUCAAUAUGAGCUAAAAGAGGACAAUACAAGCACUCCAGAAACAGUACAUGAGAUGACUGUGGUUAUGGGGUGGGCAUUUGUUGUAAUAUCAAUAUGGAAUUGUUUAUAUAAAACUAAUUUCUAUUAUAAUAAACCUUUGUUUCUGCUGACACCUCUACAGAGACAGAAAUACUUGAAAGAAAGUAGAGUCAUGAAUUGUUCCCACGCAUUGCUCAUUCGUGUCAGUACAUUAAACAAAUCAAAUUAAGCUUAAAACUAAAACUGAACUUUUAUCUUAACCCUGUCUUUUAAAGUGGCAAUUCCUUCAUAACAGAUAUAACAGUUGUUAGCUCAGUAGUGAAACAUUGCUCUUGAACCUUACGUAUCCAGUAUGCUCGCGCAGAUUCCAGUUCCAACGCAGUCGGAUUGUUACGGAAUUUCCUUUUCUCCUUCACAGCUGUUGUGAAUCGAAAGACCCAAGCUGUGAUAUGUAGUAAUUUCCAAUAUGAACUGAAACGUGAAACGUGGAGAAGAGGUUCAGGUGUAGUGACCGUAAGAACUUGGGGGGCUGUUUUCCUUG